CCUCUAUUCUUAUCCCUCACAACAAGAGAAGAAGAAAAAGUAGAGGCGUUUCCUCUCUCUCUCUCUUCAAACCCCAAAUUUCCUUCUCUCUUCGCAAACGCCGUUAAUUAUGGAGAUUUUGGACGGAGCGGAGCCGUGUUUUGUGGUCUCCGACGACCUUCUCGACUUCACUCUCGGCGCUGAAACGGAAGAACAAGUCUACGACCUCAAAACUUCUCGCUCUUCUUCGUCUUCCCUAACGACGGCGUUUGGUGAUGACUCGCUGUUGAGUGGUUCAUUUCCCGAGUUUGCAGAGGAGGAAUUGGAAUGGUUGUCGAACAAGGACGAGUUUCCGGCGGUGGAGACGUGCUUCGGCAUAUUGUCCGACAACCCGGAACUGCUGGUGAACCACCACAGCCCGAGCUCCGUCCUCGAGAACAGCAGCAGCAGCAGCGACGGAAACGGCAGCGCCUCCGCGAGCUGCUGCGGCAGUCUCAAAGUCCCCGUCCGACCCCGGACCAAUGGCCGGAGGCGGAGACCAAGGCCGAGUUACGGCGAGUUACCCGAUCAGGCAAUGUGGCUGGGUCAAGUCACUUGGUUGUUGCCGCGGACGUCGUCGUCGUCCGGCGGCGCUCGGUUGGGGCGGAGGUGCUUGCAUUGCCAGUCGGACAAGACGCCGCAGUGGCGGGCCGGACCGAUGGGGCCGAAGACGCUGUGCAACGCUUGCGGAGUGCGGUACAAGUCGGGGCGGCUGCUGCCGGAGUACCGGCCGGCGAACAGCCCGACUUUCUCGAGCAAACUGCACUCGAAUUCUCAUCGAAGGGUUGUUGAGAUGAGACGGAAGACGCAGUUUGCAACCGCAGUGUGAGGGUUUAGAAUUAAGAGGGAGAGGAGUUCUUGUUUUUGUUUGGAUUUGAGCUAAUUAGCAUAAUUUAGCUUAGGUUUAAGGAUUUUUAUUUGUUUUUUUUAUGGGAUUAGAUGGAGGUUUGUUGUAAUGGAUUAGAUGGUUAGUGUUUUGCCGCGCUAUUUGGUUUGUUCUUAUAAUCAAAAUCUACCUUAGGCUUAGAUUUGUUUGAA